UUCAUAUAUAUAUAUAUAUAAUAUAUAUAAUGUAUAAAAUAUAUAUAUAGCUUUUUGGCUGACGAUGAUCAGUUUAAUCAUUCUAGGGUGUUUAAACAUGUCUGCAGAGAUAGCUAAUAACUGGUUCUUAUCCUCUUCAGAUGACAAGCCUUUGUAAAAGAAUCAGCAAACUUUCAUGAAUCUAGUGAGAGUUACCUCUGCUCUACAGCACAGGUUCUUUCACUCAACCUUAGCAGCAUCUUCUUCAGUUCAAUGGAUCUCCCCACUUCAGCUUUCAAAACCUAGUCCCCGAAAACAAGACCCUCCUCCAACCGAUUAUGCAACUUCUUCCAUAGAUGGUCGGAGGAAAAGCAAAUACAUUUCUCACGAAACUGCAAUCGAGUUGAUCGUACACGAGAAGGAUCCACAACGUGCGUUGGAGAUUUUCAACACUGUCUCGGAACAGAAUGGUUUCAAUCAUAACAAUGCAACCUAUUCGACUAUACUUCAUAAGCUUGCCAUGUCAAAAAAGUUCCAAGCAGUUGAUGCAAUUCUUGGUCGAAUGACUUAUGAAACUUGCAAAAUUCAUGAGCCUAUAUUCCUAACUCUCAUGAAGCAAUAUUCGAAGUCUUCUUCGGAUGAGAAAGUGCUCGAGAUAUUCUAUGCCAUUCGACCUAUUGUUCGGGAAAAGCCUUCAGUCAAAGCCAUCAGUACUUGUCUCAACCUCUUAGUUGAAGCAAACCGAGUUGAUUUGGCUCGACAGCUUCUGAUUCAUUCGAGGAAAAAUCUGAACUUGAAACCGAAUACUUGCAUUUUCAAUAUAUUAGUUAAGCACCAUUGCAAGAAAGGGGAUAUUGACUCUGCAUUUGAGGUAAUGAAAGAAAUGAAGAUGAGCAAAAUUUCUUAUCCUAAUUUGAUUACAUAUUCAACUUUGAUAAAUGGUCUUUGUGAAAGUGGGAAACUUGAAGAUGCAAUCAAACUCUUUGAGGAAAUGAUCUCAAAGGAUCAAAUCCUUCCUGAUGCUUUGACAUACAAUGUUUUGAUUAAUGGUUUUUCCCGAAAAGGUGACAUUGACAAGGCGAAGAAGAUAAUCGAGUUCAUGAAGAGCAACGGAUGCAACCCGAAUAUAUUUAACUACACAGCUAUGAUAAAUGGUUUUUGUAAGGUGGGAAGAUCUGUAGAAGCUGAAGAAGUUUUCGAUGAGAUGAAAAAUAUCGGUCUUAAACCCGAUAAAAUUUGCUAUACAGCUAUGAUUAAUUGCUUUUGCAGAGUUGGGAAGACAGAUAAAGCUAUGGAUUUGCUUAAAGAGAUGAAAGUGAAUAAUUGCAGGCCUGAUGUAGUGACCUUUAAUGUGAUACUUGGAGGACUUUGUAGAGAAGCUAAAUUUGAGGAAUCACUCGAAAUGCUCGAAAAACUUCCUUAUGAAGGUAUGUUUUUGAACAAGGGAAGUUAUAGAAUUGUGUUGAAUUUCUUAUGUCAACAGAAUGAUCUUAAAAGGGCAACUGAUUUGUUGGAUUUGAUGCUUGGAAGAGGCUUUGUUCCACAUUAUGCAACUUCGAAUGAGUUGCUUCUUCGCCUUUGUAAUGGGGGAAUGGCGGAAGAGGCAGCCGUGGCCUUGCUCGGAUUGGUGGAAUUGGGAUUUAAACCCGAACCUGAUUCAUGGGCUUCAUUGGUUGAAUUGGUUUGUAGGGAGAGAAAGAUUUUGUCUGCUUUUCAACUACUUGACAAGUUAAUUUACUAGUUAGUUUUUUUUACAUGAACUGGUUUUGUGGCAAGAUUUAGAUUCAUAUUGUCAUAUGUUAAUUUGUUGUAUUAUUCAGUUAAAAAAAAGAGGAUCAUUUGAAAA